AUGGAGAAAAAGAGAAAACAAAGGAAUGAAGAGAGAGGGUUUUGGGUGGGUUGGGAAGUGACGGAGUUUUGGAAUAUUCCAUCUAUUGGGAAAGAAAGAAAACGUGGAAGGGGUGGGUGUGAGAAGGUUGGACGGUGGACUGGGACAUAUACGGAAAAAGUAGGUGGGACCUACUGCGAGGGUGAGGACCUACCUAUGUGA